CGCCAAUAAGGUCCCACAGCUCUGGUCACCUGUACGCCGCAUACUUUCUGCUCAGUCGUCCUGCUCUAAAUGUCGUCCGACCUGUCUGUUGUCAAUAUUCAUACCCCGAGUUCUUCCUUCGCCAUCGUUCAUUCACUUACAUCUGAUUCACUGCAAAGUCUCCUCGACACACUCAGUCGGAAAGCGCAUACGGAUUAUCAUGGCGAGCGAGUGGGACCGGGCUGGCUCAAGUAUGAAUGGAAUGGCACUGUCUGGAAUUUGGAUGACGACUCGGAUUACACCAUCUUCAAAUGGCGACAAAAGUCGGCAUCCGAAUCGUCGCUUGGUCACACGCCUACUCUGCACUUGCACAACCCCAAGCAGCCUCUGCCAGUACCUUCUUCCUACCGAAACCCCUCCUUCUACUUAUUCCGGGAGAAUGGUCCCACCGCCUCUUCUAUACGUUCGCCGUCGAGAUUAGGAGCACGCUCUGUCAAAAGUGGCAAAUCCAGUAGACGGAAAAGCCAACUUCAGGAGGACGAUGACGAUGGAAUUCCAAAAUUCAAGAAGGAGUUUGAGAAAUUCCAUAGUGAGAACGGAGUACGAACCAUUUUAGGGAGCAUUGGACCCGUAAAGGAUGUACGCAUGCUACUAAAGAACGGAUACAGGCAUGUCUACAUUUCCCGAAAGUUUGCGCUAAAGCAUGGAUUUAUCCCUGCUGAUGCUGCGCCGGGUCACUACGGCUAUAGUGGUCUCGUCAACAUCGGCAAGUGGCCGCUCACCGUUGGCCGCACGAAGACACUGCAUUCCGUGUACCUAUCGGAGGAGUCACAUUUCGAUGUCGUCUUAGGGCGGUCCUUUAUGGAGAUGCGGCAAAUAAAGACUGAUCCUACUGACCCCACGGACAUCGUUUGUCUGGACACUGGUGAGAAGAUCGAUUGCGAGCUGGUCAUUCUGAAAGACGGGAAGGGUGAGAUUGUUACCGUUACAUGAUCUUGUGCUGGACAUCAUGGACUCUUGUAUUUCAUGGACAAUGUAUGUACUGUAGAACCUGUUCAUAUGAGUUAUGUAUUCUCUUGCCUGUCGGAUUCAAUAGCUAGCUUGUUACUAGUACUGUAGCUCCCUGACCUAAGACGAUUCGGG